GAGAAACAUGGCGGCUUCCAGUGGUGCUGCAAACGCUUCUGCUUCUGACUCGAGUAUGGAAAGUCCAAGCAUUCAGUACAGUAUGGUUCUGGACCAUCUUAUAGGCAACAAAAGGCCCGUAAAAGAGCUGAACCCCUCGGUGAUGGGGGGUCUGCCGAUGCCUCAGAAAAGCAACGAGCAGAAAAUGAUCGAGAGGGGAAUGGAGAGCUGCGCCUUCAAGACCACCCUGGCCUGUGUAGGAGGAUUUGUCCUUGGAGGAGCCUUCGGUGUGUUCACAGCUGGUAUUGAUACCAACGUUGGCUUUGACCCCAAAGAUCCGCUCAGAACUCCAACAGCUCGAGAAGUCCUUAAAGACAUGGGUCAGAGGGGGAUGUCUUACGCCAAGAACUUUGCCAUUGUAGGCGCCAUGUUUUCCUGCACAGAAUGCAUCAUAGAAUCACACAGAGGUGUAUCUGACUGGAAGAAUGCAGUGUACAGUGGUUGUGUCACUGGAGGAGCUAUAGGCUUUCGUGCUGGUCUGAAAGCUGGGGUCCUCGGAUGUGGAGGCUUUGCUGCAUUCUCUGCUGCCAUUGAAUAUUAUUUACGAUGAAGGACUAAGGAUGGACUUUAAGGACAAGAACUUGGUUUCACAGGUGGACUCACUGUGCAAAGCCCAGUGUACAAAAAGGAUCAACGAUGGGUGUUGUUAAUGUGACUGGGAUGUUCACCGACACCACGGUGAACUGAAGAAGUCUGUUCUGCAUCUCUAUCCUUUUCUAUGUGGAGCAGCGAAUACUUUGACAUCCACGUCAUAUCAAUGAGAUAAAAGAAUAACGGUCACCUUGUUUGUCUCUGACAACUGCUACCUGGAUUAAGAAUAUUGGUAUGAUUUAGCAAGCUAUAAUCCUCAAGAUUAUUUAAUUAAAAUUUUUUUUAACCUUUGCUUUGACAUGUUUUAGUUUUACUUUGUAAUGUUCAUGUCCACAAGUUCACUGUUCUUACACGUGAGGCUGUCCUUUGAGGGUGUGUGUGCACUGCAAAGACUGUACCAGGUGUUAUACUCUUGUAAGGUGCAUUAAGGCUGAAGAGUGGAAAGAGUACUAAAAUAAUCUACACAAGCAACAGUAAAGUGAAUAAAAUUUUACUUUGAGUAAAACUUAGUUACAUUUUCUUACAGCAGGAGGGCAUCUCUGCAGUGCACAAAGGACAAGUUUUUUUUAAGCCUCACAAUUUAAUUUGCAAUAAGAAAAUAAAGACGUCCACACAUA